AUGGUAUCUCUAACGGUGGUUUUCUACCUGACAUGUUUGUUCUUGUGGGGAAAAGCUCAGAAGACAUAUCAGUCCUCGUCUGUUCGUCAAGAGAGUGGCUUCAAAACAGUAAAUGUUGGUGGAAGUGUAAUUUUGCGAUGUUCUUAUGAAAAUGACGAAUUAGCAAGGUUUUACUGGUAUAAGCAAACAUUGGGACAGAAACCAAAGCUCAUUUCUAAUUUCUACAUCUUUGGUGAUACUGAAGUAUUUUAUGAUGAAUUUGUGAACAAUUCACGCUUCACACUGGAAACUGAAAUCGGUAAAAACCACUUGAUUAUAUCAGAUUUGCGUAUUUCAGACUCAGCUACUUAUUACUGCGCACAUAGAGCUUCCACCACCACUGUUGAAUUUGCAGAAGGCAUCACAGUCAGUGUAAAAGGUUCACAUUUGAAUGUUAACACUUCAGUUCAGUCGUCAUCUGAGACCGUCCAGCUAGGAGACUCUGUGACUCUGAACUGUAUAGUACACACUGGGACCUGUGAUGGAGAACACAGAGUUUACUGGUUCAAAGACUCUGAAGAAUCUCACCCAGGACUCAUUUACACUCAUGGAGGCAGGAAUGAUCAGUGUGAGAGGAAAAAUAACACAAAAACACGCAACUGUGUGUACAACCUGCCAAUGGAGAACCUGAAUCUGUCUCAUAAUGGGAUCUACUACUGUGCUGUUGCCUCAUGUGGACACAUACUGUUUGGAAAUGGGAUCAAGCUGGAGUUGAAGAAUGAGGAGGUUUCUCUUGUCUUGGUGUAUUUCUUGAGUGGUGCUUUGGCAUUUACCACUAUCCUGACACUUUCACUGGCUGCCUUAUUGUACACACACAAGAGAAAAGGCCAGCAAGCUACAGAGUCUCAUGCAAGAUUUUCGGCUUCAUACCCAAUGAACUCAGAGAGUUUCCAGGCUGAAGAAAACCUCCAUUACGCUGCUUUAAGAGUAAAGAAAGCUAAUCGAUCGAGAAGUCGAAGAGAUGACACAGAGACAACAUGUAUCUACUCUGGUGUUAGGAAAUAA